UUAUAAAUAUGCAGCCCCUGGGAUUAAAAAACGAGAUAACACGUUUCGUAUAUUGUUUAUAGUACCGGUUCACUUUUUCAUGAAUCAUUAAAUAAAUGAUUAAGAUAAGUUUAGUUUAACAGAUUUGAAUAGGAGUUCGUAAAAUUACCACUAAUUAAGACGUUUAUACAAAUAUCGCUAUUUUAGUAUUUUAGACCGCCAGCCCACAUUUUAGUGUUAAGGCAUUUUUAUUUAGUAGGAAAAAUAGAAAAACGAUAUUGGAACAUUCUAAGCUUGACUUAUGGAUGUUAUAUUAUAUCUAUAAGUGGGCAAAUCAAUGCAUAUCGUCAUGCAGGUGGGUUAAUACUCAUGUUGCAGUUAUUCAAAUUACCAUGCAUUAUCGUGCACAUUACCGUUGUAAAGGGGUAUGAUGUUACACGGCAACGAGUGGGGGUUACAAUACAUAUAACACGUGGUGUGUUGACGGCCCGUCGCCCGUGCGGUGCUAUACGUAUAGGUUUCCAUCGAUUGGUCAGAGGCGGCGUGGCUUACCGAUCAUUAACCCAGUUGUGUGGCGGUCCGCGGCGCGGCUGGGCACGCGAGUCGCCCUCGCCGCGGCAUUUCCACGCGAUGCAACUGCCCGAGCCGCCGCCGCCGCCCCUGGCGCCCCUGUGGGACCGCGUCAUCAGGGCGCGCGCCCUGCCGCCCGAUCUCGACGUCCAACUUCUGUACGUAGCCAUCCGCGACCGUCUCUUGCAUCCCGAAUGGGAAGUCCGCCUGCAUGCGUUACGGGUCCUUGCCGACCUCCUGCCGCUCUCAGGGAACGCUCUUUCCUUCCCGUUCGAUCAAGUAGUCGACAAUUUAGGACACAACUCGCCGAACGUACGCAAAGCCGCUUUGGACGCUCUCAAAGUUUUCUGCACCCACUGUGAAGAUUCCGAGUGUGCAGCCCGAGCGAUACUAGACAAAUGCUCUUAUCAUAACAUUAGGCCUCAUUCUGCAAAUAUUGACAACAAAGUGAACGUGAUUACAGGCUUGAUCCUCUCCAUACCUUCACUGAUGGCUAUCUUAAAGAGAAGAAAUCCGGCCCUCGACAUGUUUCCAAUUUUUAAAAUCUUGGGAGAUAAACUCUUUGACCUGGUCCACAGAGAUGUCGCUCAGCGUUCCCUUUUGAAACUUCGUAGAGUUUGUGGACCUCGUGAUUAUAUGAUUUAUUUCUCGAGACUGGAUUUAAAAGUGCAAGAUAAAUUCCGUCAGUUGUGCGAGUUAUACGAUGAAGACUCGAUGGAUGUUUACUACGCACCGAGAAAAUCUAUCUACAGAGAUAACAAUCAAACGUUACUCAAAAUCAAUCACGUUUUCAGUAGCCCUAUUACGACGCCCUUGAUGUUGUCUACGGAUACAUCUUCCGAAGAAUCAUUUUCGCAUAUUCCAUUUUAUAAUAAUAACUUUGCAAAAGUAAUUAUAGAAACGGAAAUUAAAUUCGAUGCUGAUACGGCUAUCACGAUGACGGUUUUAGAGGAAAAUGACUCUGAAACAGAUAAAAAUUCAGUGAGCAACACGGGAAGCGAAGAAGACUGUGAUAGUUCAGACAGGAACAUGCUAAAAUAUAGCGACGGUGACUCUGAAGACACUGAUGUUGUUGUUAAAAAAGUGCGGUUUGGUGGUGAAAGUGUAAAGAUAAGAACUCCGGACAGUGAAAAUUUGCUCUCGAGUGAAGACGACAACAAUGCCAAUAAAACUCGCAAAGAUCACAUUGACGAAGUGUUACAACAAAAUACACCCGCUAUUGUAAGUAAAGCAAAUGAAAUAAAACGUGAGGCAUUAGAAAGGGAAAGUAUAGUGAAAUCAGUGAAAAAAAGUGGUAUACCACUUCCAGUGAUUCAAAAUAAAGCUCAACACAAUAGCUCUUUGCCUCAGCAUAACAAAGUUAAGCUAAAAUCUAAAUCACUCAGUGAACUGUAUGAUUACUUUCGUACAAAGAACGAUGACCAGGAACGUAAACCUAGGGAAGGGUCAGGCUUUGCCCUGACGCUAGCAGAGGUGCGUUCUCCUGAGAAGGUUCCGAGUCCAGUGGAACCUCACAGGGAAGUCGAAGUUCUUCAUAACUUGCAAAGAAGUCCGGUUGUAUCGCCCCGGCGUCAUUCUACGCGGUUGCAUUUGGAACGAGAUGGAUUCGUGCUGAAUCUGUUGGCGUCAUCCCCGCACGGUGAGCUGGAUAUAAGCCUGACGCCGUCACAGCCUGUAUCACCUCUCCGCGUGCGCUAUGACUGGGAGGAGUUGGGCGUACUGCCUGCACACGUGGUAGACCAGCUACAUAACACGGAGAACUGGAUCUCGUGUGUGAAAGCUGCCGACCAGCUCCACAGCGCGUUGUUGGAGCCUGCCAACGUGAGAAAAGUGGAGCCAGCGGCUUUAUCGCUGGUGCAGCAUAUGUGGGCGCUCAGCGACGCGGUAUCAGCAACGCGUGCCCCAGCGGAAGGGGCAGUGUGCGCACUGUUCCGCGGCGCUAGCAGCGGGAGCGCGCGACACCUGCUGCCGUCGUUGGUGGGCAGGAUGGCACGCGAACCGCCGCCCACAGCGCUGCCGCACGCGCUGCUGCAGCGUCUGCCCCUGCACCAUCUGGUCGACUUCAUAUUCGACCCUAACAUGAUCGGAGUGUCCGGUGACGCAGACCGCGUGCAGUCAGCGCAGCUCCGCGCUACUCUGUGCGUGGCGCGCGCGGCCGGGCCCGCUGCUGUGCUGGCCGCCGUCCGCCGCCGCCUCGCCGGUACCGCUAGGGCGGAUAUUUUCUGCGUCAAGUUGCGAGAACGACUAAGUAGGCCGGUGGAAAACGUUAAGCCGAGUCAAAUUGUUAGGAGUUCCCAGCUGCCAGUGCCAGUGCGCAGGCGCGCGAGAUCCACUCCCCCGCCGGCCGCGCCCGCGCCUCCGCGUCGACUGAGACCGCUGCCUGACUCAGCGCCACUACCAGGCAUCACUCCAAGUGGGAGGGAAUAUUUCCUCAAGCCGUUAUCUCCGAUCCCUUUGAGCGAUAGGGUAGCGGGUGUCGUAGCCCCUCGUGGGGCGUCAGUCAGUCGAGUCAGUCGCAGAGAUGCCGCGGCGGCCGGCGGCCAUGCUCCGCUUCUGCUGCUGCCAGCGGACCGUCGCGCCCGCGCCCACCCCCGCGCCUCCCCUCGCCCCCGACCUCGUCGCCGAUCUACCCCCGCACACGCGAGACUCCAGCGCGUUCACGAGCUACGAAGAAAAGGCCGACGAAAAGAAAUCCUUCACCGAAUUAGAUAACGAUUCGAAAGAAGCGAUUAUUAUAGGCGACACCACGCAAAUUAGCAUAUCCGAAGAAGUUAACGAUCCCCCGCCGCCGCCACCUCGCUCGCCGUCGAUAAAAGUCGAAGAUUACUCAGAAAAGUCGCAUAAUUCGUUUAACAGUAAAGAGGCUAGAGUUGAUCAAUCUCCUCAGGUAUUUAACAAUAACGCAGACGACUUCGGGUCACAGAAAUCUAUCAAUUCGAAUAUUCUAGAUGCUGAUGGAUCGCGACCUCCGAGUAGGAAAUCAUCACAUAGUCAAUUAACGAAGAGUAGAAGUCCGUCACCGAGUCCAAGAAAGAGUAGAAAUCCGACCCCUAGUCCGAUAAAAAGCAGAAAUCCCUCUCCAGACCCGACGAGCAAUGUCUACGAUGGAAUACCAUCGCCUUGCCAGCGGGAUGUGCGAAACGCCCUCGCAGAGUGCAUAGUGCCCGCGCGACACGAAGACUGGGAGGUUAUCGUAAAUGGACUCCUUGAAACUGAACGUUUAGCGGCAGAUCCCUCAGCUCGAGCUCCGGCAGCUAGUUGGAGAGCAGUGGUACGCGCUACUGCUGCACAUGUGCGAUCGUUACGUUCCAGAGUGGCUAGAACUGCUUGUUCAACCUUAGGGACUUUAUUUGAAUGUCACGGCCGAGCGUUAGACACUGAAUUAGAGGAAGCCGCCACUGCUCUUCUCGAUCGUUGUGCGGAUGUAAACAGAUUUCUAAGAGCCGAUGCCGCUUCAUCUCUCGUUAGAAUGGCAUGUGGCAGCAAUAAUGCGCGGGCUGCUGUGGCGUUAGCUAGGCGUGGCACUACUCAUCGAGCGGGGCCUGUUAGGGCGGCCGCUGUGCAGGCUUUGGCGAAGCUGGUUCAAUAUCACGGUGCUUCGAAGACUCUCGACAUGCCCUCGGAGCCGAGGACAGUGUUGCUGAGGGCAGCCGGCGAACUGCUGGGAGACGCGAAUGCCGAGACACGUGUGCACGCCCGACAACUCUGCCUCACGCUAUCUCAAGAUAUGCGAUUCAGGCAGAUGCUGAAGGAUGCAAUGACGCCGUCCCGCUACCGUGCCAUUGAAAAAUUUAUCGAGAAACUUCGAUGACACUAAAAACUCAUAAACUUUUUAUAUGUGCUAUGUGAAGUUAAUUGGUGGUGCAUCCGUCUGACCAGUUUGUGAUACGUUUCUAAGCUAUGUAUUUUGAUCUAGUUUAUUUGUAUGUAAUAUUGUGUCCAUUGCGAAAUUAUUUCAUGACUGAUAUGUGCGAAAGGUAUUUUUCUAAGUAAAAAAGAAUUAAACAUUGUUAUCCUCCAGUGGAGCGAAAUUUUGAAAGCUAGUACUUAUAUGAUUAUUUAUUGUUGUAUACAGCAUGUUUAGACAUAGAUAAAAAUUGUAUUAGUUGAAGUACUUAACUAAAAUUAAAUACUUUAAUAACAGCGAAAAGAAUGAGUUAUACUAUAAAAGAAAAUUUAAAAUAAUUAGUAUUGGUUUUAUUUAAAUAAAAAGACAUUACAAAAG